AUGCGUCGUUUUAACCCUAAUUGGUUUAAAAAGUAUAAAUCUAGGCUUGAGCAUAGUGUUGAAAAGGAUGCAGCGUUUUGUUUUCCUUGCUAUUUAUUCAAGAAUGAAAAUUCACCGGGUGGAGAUGCUUUUGUAAGUGGUGGAUUUAGAGCUUGGAAUAAAACAGAUGCAUAUGAUAAGCAUAUUGGAGGACAUAUGAGUGCCCACAGUCAAGCUAUGGGGAAUUUAAAUGCUUUUAAAAAUCAGAAGGGUUCCAUUACAUCUGGUUUAUCUAAGCAAAUUGAGGAUACUAUGAGUAAGUAUCGAAAGAGACUACAAGCUUCUAUUAAGUGUUUGAGGUGGUUAUUACUUCAAGGGUUACCCCAACGUGGUCAUGAUGAAAGCGAGUCUUCGUCGAAUCGAGGUAAUUUUUUAGAACUUCUGAAAUUUCUUGCAACUGAAAAUUUUGAUGUUCGACAAGUAGUUCUUGAAAAUGCUCCGGGUAACUCUCAAAUGACAUCUCCUACUAUUAAAAAAGACAUCAUUAAUGCUUGUGCAAAAGAAACAACCAAAGCAAUAAUUGAUGAAUUGGGAAGUGAUUUUUUUGCUAUUCUUGCUGACAAGUCUGCUAAUAUCUCUGAUAAAGAACAAAUGGCUCUUUGUUUGCGAUACAUAAAUAAAAGAGAAGAGGUGACUGAGCGCUUUCUUGGUUAUGAUGGUGCCAGCAAUAUGCAAGGUGAAAUUAAAGGCCUUAAAACUUUAAUUAAAAGUGAAUCUGAAUCAGCAUAUUUUGUUCAUUGUUUUGCCCAUCAACUCCAAUUGACUCUUGUUGCCGUAGCUAAGAAUAAUGCUGAUUGUGGGUGGCUAUUUGUUGAUGUGCUUGCACCAUUAUUAAAUUUUGUAGGUGGUUCACCUAAGAGAAAAGAAUUUCUUCGACAAAAACAGGCUGAACAUGUUGUGGAGGCACUAACUUUGGGUGAACUUGAAUCGGGAACUGGUUUAAAUCAGGAGCGUAGCUUGAGUAGACCCGGCGAUACUCGUUGGGGUUCUCAAUUUAGAACCAUUUUGAAUGUGCUUAAUAUGUAUCCCAUGAUUCUUGAGUCACUUGAUGACAUUUGA